AUGUCAGGGGCCACGCCUCAGGCGGACGACUCGACGUCUGGCCGGGCACCCUCGCCCGCCCCUUCGAGCUCGUCAAUAGCAUCGUCGCGCACCGGUACCAUGUCCAGGCCCGCUCCCCCGCCAAAGCCCUCGCACCUCUCCUGCGCCUUUACGGGCACCGUCAACUCGGUCGCCCUCCGCGAAUACAUCCAGGCGCAAAAGACUGGCGGCUCAUUCACCUCGGACAAUAGAUCCGGCACCAUCAGCCAGGCCUUCGCAGGCUACGGCUACGGCAGCAUCGACCACUUUGUCGACGCAUUUGAGAGCUCCGACGACGAGGGCAGCACCGCCGUGCCCGACGCGGCGACCCUGGAAUCCGGCGCCGACACAGCCAGACCGUCGAUGCGGAAGCGCACCUACACCGCACCAUCCGUCAGCCGCGUCUUUAACCCGGCCGCCGAGGACGAUGCGGGCGAUGGCACCACCAAGCUCGUCAGGCGCGAGCCCAUCCAGAUUGACGGCAAGGGCCCCUCGCGCGUUGGCAACCUCCGCAGCAUGUUCGAGGCCCCCGCCGAGGCGCCCAGAAUCACUCCGCAACGCACUGGAACCGGAACCACUUUCUCGCGAGCAAAGGCAAAGCAAGUCUCGGAAAAGACGCGCAUGCUCCAGGCCCAGAUCACCGGCGAGAGGGGCGCCUGGACCUUCUCGCCCACGACCGAGUCGCCCUCGCACGCCAGCCAGGCGUCCGAAGCCAGCCAAAAGUACGAGACGGCCAAGCAGGACCAGAUCGAGAGGGAGCUCAAGAAGCUGUCGUUGAUCGAGGACGAUCAAGAGGCGCAAGGCACCGUCAAGCUGUCGCCCAGUAGGCGCGGAAGCAGUCCCAUCGCAGUAAAGGAGUCUUCGACCGCCAGGGCCGACAUGCUGGCCUCUGGCCCCUCUAGUCCGACUGCGCAUGAUCGCGACGACAGCACCGCCACCAUCCGGCCCCGGGACAUUUCGCCCCAGCUCAAUUCGACCCGGCGGAUGCCCUCUACGGCACGCACGCCGAGCUCCAGCAGGCGAAGCCGGCUCAGCAGCGUGUUUUCGGCCAGCUCGGCAGGUGCCCAGACUUCCUCUCCGCUGGCCGCCGGCACGCCCUCGCCGGAUGCCAAGUCGACGGCCGGCAGCGAGUUCGCCGAGACCGACGCGGGCCGCAAUGAGCGGUCGCGAGAGCCGUCGAUGCUCAUCGAUCAUCAGAACGUCAAGACAAGCGCCCACAUGCGCGCCCACGACGGAAGCUCGUUUGACUUCGACUGGGUCAAUCGCGCGCGGUACCCGAACCCCGGCACCCCGGAACGCGGCACCCCUCCGCCGCCAACACCCGCAGCAGCAAAGUCGGACUCGGCCGCUGCGGAUGCGGUCGCUGUACCGGGAGGAUCGCCGGACCCUUCGUCGCGCAAGUCGUCGUCCUUCCAGGGCAAGGCGGUCGCGCCGGUCGCCGUCCGAGCCGGUCCGCCUCCGCAGCGGCCAGAUUCGAUCGUGCUCAGCCUGGAGUCGCAGGCCGAAGAGCCUUUGGCAACCGUCAAACCCACCUUCGAGGUAGUGCCCGAGGAGGUCGCUAUGCUGGAAGAGGCCGUCGAUGCAACACAGCCGGAGCAGCGGGAAGCGCCGGAUGCCGCCGCCCAACCUGCGCCCGUCGUGCGCCCGCCACAGCCAGGCAUCGGACGCGAAGCUAGGGCGCUGUACGACUUUCUCGGCGAGGCCUCCUUCAACGAACUCUCACUUCGAGCAGGGCAGAGCUUCGAGAUUCUCAACGAGGAGCUCGCCGGGGGCUGGAGCCUGGGCGUCGUGUGGGACGACGAGGGCUUGCCUCGGCGUGGCCUUAUCCCACGCGGAUGGUACUGCUACAUCCAGGACUUUACCAUGUCCCCACCGGCGGCGCAGGGCAUCGAGCCGCCGCCAACGCCCUCGCCUUUCCCCGACGACGAGGAAGAAAGCGGCAGCGGAGCUCCUCCUGGUCUUCUCGGACUUGGGAGCCCGGCGUUGCCUCGGUCGACGACUGAUGCGCAAGAUUUGGACGCGGCCGCCGCCAAGGCCUCGCCGCUCGGCGGUCGCGCCAUGUCCCGGAUCGGAAGCCUCAACGCGGCGUCAAACCCGCUCGCUGGCAUCAGCCCGGCGAAGGCCAAUGGCGGUACCUGGAAGCAGAGCACUUCGCCCGUCUCUCUUAAAGGCGCUCAAGCUCUCGAGUCGCUGGCAGCUCUGGCGGCAGACCACGGCAUCUCGGCAUCAUCGGUGGAGGCAGGCGAGGGACCGCCGGGCGGCACCAUGCCAACACCAAAGCUUGUCGUGCCCGAGCAAGACGUCCAUCUAGAAGCACCGCACAGCGACGACGGCUCGACGGUCGUGAUCGACGAAGGUCCUGCGCAGCCUUGGGCGCCUGCGCUCGAGGCGCAACAUCCGACGAGAAGCACGCCUUCGCGCCCAGAGGCACCACGGGUCGUUAGCCCCGUCAAGGCCGAGGCAGUGUCCUCGACGGCCAUGUUUGCCUGGCGCACCAGCAUCCUGCGCGGAAAGACGCUCAACCGCUUCGCCAGCUUCGUCACCAGCGGUGCCGAAGACUACAUCCUCUCCAACGACGGCGGAAGCGUCGGCAGCGACAGGUCGCGCGAAGCUCUCCGGCCUGCCAACAGCUUCAGCAGCUUCGGUACGCUCCGUUCUGACCGCGCCAAAGAUGCCAGCGCCACGCCCUUCGACGGUCCGGACCAUGCGAGGAGCCGCGAGCCGUCGGCCACCAGCACGAGCACCGCCAGCACCAGCAGCACCAGGCCGACCGAGGAUGCAGACCAGCACUACGUCGUCGCCGGACCCGCAGGUCCCAAGUGGAAGGCCAAGACGCCGCCGUUCCUGGUCCAGGUGCACUCUCCCGAGAAGCGGACAAAGAUGAGCGGGAUGCACGAGUACACCGUCUUUUGCGUCACUUCCACCUUUCCCGCGCACAGCAGUGUCGCAGAGGCGGGCGGGGCGGAUGCGGCUGCCGCAGAUGCGUCUGCAAGCUGGGACAGCGGCGACGGCGACGGCGAACAAGAUGCGGUGCGGAUGCCGUUCGACCCGUUGGCCGCUCCGGAUCCACCCGGGCCCAGCCUCACCGUCUUCCGCCGGUUUACGCAGUUUGCGUGGCUCUAUCAGACGCUGACGAAGCACUUUCCGGCGCUCGUCAUUCCGCCGCUGCCCGAGAAGCAGUACUCGGGACGUUUCGCCGCCGAGUUCAUCGAGACGCGCCGCGCCGACCUCGAGCUGUGGCUCGGCCGCAUCGUGCGCCACCCGGUGCUGCGCUACACCGAGGCGGUGCUCUUCUUUCUCAGCUGCGACGAUGAACUCGAGUGGAAGCGCAAGGCUGGCCGGCUGCUCAAGGGCGAAGGGUGGGAGGGCGGCGCGAGCGGGUCUACGGGCAACGCCAAGAUCAAGGCCAACAUGUUUGCGCGCACCUGGCAUCCGUCGUUCAACUUUGACGCUGCCGAGGCGGCGCUCGAGGGCGAGGCGGUCGAUGCGCACCUGCGAGCCAUGGAGAGGACCAUGAACGGCGUUGGAGGUCCCAACGUCGGGAGGCAGGGCGUGCUCGGAGCGUGGAAAGGCCUGCGCGAGGGCGCCGUCUCGACGUCGGCGUGCUACCGCGACCUGUCCUACUCGAUGCUCCGCCUCAUCACGGGCGUCGGCGUGGUCGAUGCCAGCGGCGCACUCAACGGCGGCGACGCGGCGCUUCACGGACACGGCAUGGGCGGUGGUGGCGGUGGCGUCGGCGGCAGCGGCAGCGGUAGCGACUAUGCCCACUACCUCCACGGCCCGCCGAUGGGCAACCUGGGCAAGCGCUCCGAGUCGGGGGCCACCAACGAGCACGGGGUGUGGUGCUGGCGCGAGGGGUGCCACGAGUGCACCAACCUGACCUACGUGCUGCAGAACACGGCCGAGGCGAUGCAGGACGUCGCCGACCUCUUUGAGCACCACGCCAGAGACACGCUGCUGCGCCAGCACGAGCGGCUCAAGGACGUGUCGCGCCCGCACACGGCGCACCAGGCGCUGCUCGAGGUGCAUCGGGCGACGCUAGCAAAGUACCGCGAGGCGACGGGCGAGCCGGACCCGCUGGAUCCGGACUCGAGCCACAUCGGGGCCGAUGGCGAUGGCGAUGGCGGAGGGAAAGCGGCGACGACGGCGCUGACGGCGCAGGAGUCGGAGCGGAUCGCGUCGCGGUGCGAGACGGUGCUCAACGUGACGCUGGCCGAGAUGGACCGGGUGCACGACGAGCGCGUCGAGGACCUGCACUCGAUCGGCAAGCGCUUCCUCGACUCGCAGAUUGACGUCUACGAAGACAUCCUCGCCACGCUCAAGAGCGCCCGGGCGCACUACGACCCGGAGUACUACGACUGCGAGAGGGGCACCCACAUCCUGCCGAGCCGGUUCCAGGCGGACCUGUCGAAGCCGCGCAGGGCCGACGGCGCGCUGCCCAUGCCCAGCGCCGCGCUCGGCGGCAUGGGCGGGCUGGGCAAGGUCGGCAUGCUCCUCAGCACCGCGGCUGGCAUGACGCGCCCCGUCUCGAGCGGAUUCCUCAACGGGGCCGGAGCGGUCACCGUGGCCGAGAUGAUGGAGAGGUCCACAUCCAACGCCUCUUCUUCGGCCACCGGCGGUGGAGGAGGAGGCGGGUCCUUUUUCCUCUUUCCCAAUGCGUACAGCCCAUCCGCCGCGGCAGAGGCGAGGACGGGGAGCAUGACGGCCACAUCGACGUUGAAAGCCAGCCAACAGCAGCAGCAGCAGCAGCAGUCGGGUAGUGGUGGUGGCGGUGGUGGUGGGACCACCGGUGACGGCGGAGGAGGCGGAGGGAAUAGGGUAUCGUACUUUUCGCAUUGGAGGUAG